CAGAGUGACGUAUAAUGUAGUGGACGGGACGCUUCUUCAACAACAUCUCGUCAGCCACCUCGGUAGCUUCCUAGCGGAAACGUUCAAGCUGUUCAGACUGCUUCGGUCUAUAUUUACUUCUGUAUUUGGAACAUAAUUCUGUCUUUUAACUAGUUUCCCCCAUUUCAUGUCAUAUUUCCGUUUAGUCAGGUAACGGUAGCUGGCUUGAUAAAUGAGCCUAUCACUAGGCUAGUCGCUAACUAGCUAGGUUAGCUGGCUAACAUCCCCGACCAUGAGCUCAGCAAGCUGCUGCCCUCCUGCUAAAAAAGAGGUCUGCUGGAAGGAGAAAGAAGGUAUUUGGCUGAACGUUGUCGUGAAAGAGGAGAAUGAAGAGGAGGAUGUCACAGUAAACGAAGAAGUAGAGGGUGAGGCUGUUACACAGAAAGAAGAGGAAGAAAACGAUGAUACUUUAUUUGGAGUGAAUGAAGGAGAGAUAACUGUCAUAUUGAAGGAGGAGGAGAGGGAAGAAGAGGAGGAGACAGAAGAUCUGAGGAACACCAGAGAGAGACCAGACUCUCCUUCUGACAGCAGGAAGAGUCCUUCAGGGAAACCAGACCCCGAGACGUCCAAACCAGCAGGACGACAUCACUGCUCCCAGUGUGGAAAGAGUUUUACUCAGUUAGGGAGCCUGAGAACACAUAAGAGAAUACACACUGGAGAGAAGCCUUACCACUGUUCCCAAUGUGGAAUGACGUUUACCCAGUUAGGGAGCCUGAGAACACAUAAGAGAAUACACACUGGAGAGAAGCCUUACCACUGUUCCCAAUGUGGAAUGACGUUUACCCAGUUAGGGAGCCUGCAAACGCAUGAGAGGGGACACACAGGGGAAAAGCUUUUCCAAUGUUCCCAUUGUGGAAAGAGUUUUGGCCAGGUAGGAAACCUGAACAAGCAUGAGAGGACACACACAGGUAAGAAGAUGUACCGCUGCUCCCAGUGUGGAGAGAGAUUUACCCGGUUAAGGUACCUGAAAGAGCAUGAAGGAAUACAUACAAAUACACAGGAGGAGAAGACAUACCACUGCUCUCAUUGUGGAAAGACAUUUUCCCAGUCAGAGAACCUGAAAACACAUGAGAGAAUCGAGAGGCUGUGUUCUGACUUGUGUUUUUGACUGAGAAUGUGUGUGUUUGUUUGGGCUGUCAGACUUGAGUUCACUUUGUGUAAUGUUAGUGCACUAUUUUUAAUUGUGAUUAAUCCAUUGUCUGAAAGGGUUAAAAACACACUGAAAACAUCCAGAAUACAUCCUAUAUACAGCUACAAUCUACAAUGCCAUGUAAACACAAGAUGACAUUGAGGUUAAAUAAAGUGUGAUUUAUCAAUGGAACAUA